AGACCCUGGUUCUGGGUGUAGCAUUCCCUAUCUGUGUGCCUUUGUUUUGAUUACUUUAAUAAUACAAUAUCAUGAACUACUUAAAUAUGUACAUUUUAGCAAAUAACCCAUGUUCCCAUUACCCAAUGUGAGAAGUGAAACAUGACCAACAUAGUGGAAGCCCUGGAUGUCCCCCCUCCUUCCCUCAGUUAACCAUGUAAUAUUUUAGGCAGGUCACCUUUACCCUCUUCAGGUGUGGUGUUAGAACCUGUAACAGGAAGACAACAGCUGCCCUGCUUAGCUCACUGGGUUGUUAUGAGAAUCAAAUGAGUGGUGUCUUUGAAGGCACUUGGAAAAUCUCGAGGUGCUGAGUUGAAGUCAGGAAGGAUUUGCCCAAGAGCUGAUUUAGUCGUGUCGGGUGCCAGCCUGCGUAGACACAGCUCAGGUGUUUGGGUGAGCCGUUUGGUGUAAAAGACUUGACUCCAUAUCUGCAUCUGCCCCCAUGCUGUCAUCCGGCGUAGAGACCCAGCCCGUUCCACUCGAUUCCUCCAUGUCUGCCGAGGUGCAGGAAUUAUACUCUGAACUCCCAGUGAGUGUCUCCAAAGAGCUUCAUGCUGACCCUGAGCCAAGUGCGAUUCCAGAUGUAAAACCUGGAGCCUCAAGCUCUCGUAUAAGUCAGAGUAGGGCAGUGCCCUUGGAGCUGCAGACGACUCCUGUGGAAAGUUGUCGCGAAGAAACCCCUGAGACCUUGGACCAUGGGGGUGAGCCUGGGCGGUGUGGGCUGGUGGACCCCACAGCAGAAGGUUCUGUGGCUUCUGGGAUCUUGGAUAGGGAAGUGAAAGCCAAGAGCAUGGAGCAAAAGGUCUUCAGAGAUGGAGGGGACCAGGCGGAGAUUGUAAGAGACCCCUGUGAGGGAGCAAAGGAAGACACACGUCAAUAUUCCACAGCUGCUGAAGAGAAGCUCUGCCCCAGCCAGGAGGACCUCCUGAUGCAGGCAAGCAAAGAACAUCUAUGCACGGACCUCCCUGAAGAUGGUUUGAGGAACAAAGGUACUCUUGGCCCUCUGUCAUAUUUUGCAGAGAAGAACAAAGCCAAUGAAGGAAAUGUACAAAUUACAGCUGAAACUCUGCUAAAAUCUACUGAGGAAGUACAAGGUAUGAAGGUCAGUGGGACUAAGACGGAUAAUAAUGAAGGACACGAGAACGGCCAUGUGAGUAAAGGUCUCGCGGCUGGGCGCAGCGGAUACCCAGAAAUAGACAAAAUCAUGACCAGUGGUGAGGUUUCAGAGACAAGCACGUUAGUUUCCCUAGAGCCUUUAAACUCUGUGGACCCUGGAUUAAUAGAAGCAACUAAAGAAAAAGAAUGUGAAGAACUAAAAACCUGUCCUCCUUGGUUGUCAUUAUUACCAGGGAAGAGUGCCAUUUCCAAAGUGGACAAUGGAAAGGAAGAGUUGUGUACAUUAAACCUUGUCUGUGAAGCAGAUGACAAUCGCCAACAGGUUCCUGUCCACCAUAGUGAGAGACAUAGUUCUGCACGUGGUAGUCCCAAAGCCAUGAGAAAGGUGGUUAUUGUAGAACCUUUAGAAGAAAAUUCUGAAGUUUCACAUUUCACAUCAUGUUUGUCUGGUCCAGAAUCCAGAACAACAUCCUCAGAAAAGUGUGGUUUUGAUGGUGAUAGCUUGCCAAAGGGAUCUGCUAAAAAGACAGACAGUUCCUGUUUUGAUGGGGACGAUCAAAGCAAGAACUUGGCUUCUAGAGAAGAAAAUGAACAACCUUUGAACCCCAGGAGUGAAAGAGAGGAACUCUUUCUUGUUAAUGCCAGGCAAGCAGAAGAGGAUGCUAGUGGUCACUAUUCUGGAAAAAAAGAGGCUGUUGACUUCCCCAAAGAAAAUAUCCACGAUCACUACUGCCCUCAAGGCAGUAUCCAUACAGACUGCUCUAGUUCUUUAAAGCCCAGUUCUUUUACUGAAGCCACGGAAAUAAUGUUUAAAAAAAAUGAUUUAAAAAUCACUUUAGACAUUCAGGAUAACUUGGCAAACCAUGAGGACCAUAGAGGAAUUUUUGCUAAUAUAAGCCAUCCAGGCACACACUCUGAAGAGAACCAUUUUUCCUUCUCGAUGCAGAUUGAAGAGCCAGAACAGACAACCACUAUAGGGCCUGGUAUGUUAAGUGAAAAGAUUUACAGUAAAGAUUCUAACUCCUUAGUCAGCACCCAGAGAAAUCUGGAAGGCAGAACCCAGUUAAAGGAAGCAUCACAUGAUGGAUUUCUGAUUGAAAGAAAAUCCCCUGUGAGUUUAACACCAGAGGGCCAGAUAAGUUCUAUAAAUGAGGUGUUGAAACCCAAGAAAGACAUUGUUCCAUUACUGCCAGCCCUAGAAUUUGAUGACAGACCUGAGUCAGAAAUAGCUGUACAGAACUCCCAGGACGAUGGUCCCCAUUUAGAUAAAGAGAGCGCUGCAUGGGAGGUGAAUGAACUUCCUUACGCCGAUGAACUAGUUGUAAACAAAAUAGGAAGUGAAUGUGUUUUAAAUCAAGUGUCCCUUAAUUCUCAAAACCAUGCGAAGUUGCCAACUGACAAAGAGAUGCCUGUAGCAGCGAGCGAGGACUUCCGACGGAGUCAGCACCCUCCGUCAGAGGAUGGAGCAGAUGGCACUGCUGGUACCCAGACUGUUCCUGUAAAGACAAAAAUGAAAGACAUCUCUCCACCAGGUGACAAAACCUGUGGUGCCUCUUCAAACAAUCCCACCUUAAACAGCAAAUCAGAAAGCCUAGAAAGAAAAACUGAAACAGCUGAUUUAGGAGUAGAAGGUCUGCAUUCCAGACUUCUCUCAAAUCAGAAAGAAGCAGGCUUGCCUCAAGAGGUCUCUGCCAUGGAAUGUCAAAGCAUUCAAUCUCGGGAUCUCUCUAGCUGCCCUUGUGUAAGAAAAAACGUCCCAGAGGAGAGCGCGUGUUCUGCCCGUGGUGCCCUGGAGCCCAGCGAAACCAUCCUGGGAGUUGAGAACUGUCUGAUAACCAAGUGUGAAAAUGCAUUUCAGCACAGCGAUCACCGCCCCCAAGGGAGAGAAGCCUCCAUGGGAAGUUGCAUCCAUAAAGUGAGUUGUACAUCGGCGGAAAGUGAGCCAGAUGGGGGAGAAACUGAAGGCAGCCUUCCAGGAGGUAAGAUCAGAAACGAAAUGACGGCAGGCAUGUUAACUAGUGAAGCUCCAAACAGGACCAUCCACACCACCUGUCACAUCCAUCCCAGCGAGGAAGGGCUAGAAGAAAAAGAACAGAACACACCCAAAGAGACUGUGUUUUGUAAACAUAACAUCUGUGAUUGUGCCGCACAGGAAUUAAACCAACCCGCACACAUUCUAAGUCCUGAGAAAUUGUUGGACCAGUUGUCUACUGUUGUGUUCUCCGGUGUUAAAGACAUGAACCAAGCAGCUGAAACUCCUGAACAGAAGGCAGAUGAAGCCCUCGGCUGCCAGAGUAACCCAAACAGAUCCGAUGGAUGCAGAAGUGAAGAUAACCCAGCUAGGGAGACACUAGGCAGCGACCAGAGAGAGGUGGUCGCAGAACCUAAUGGAGAGGUGAGCCACAGCCUGAAGGAUCUGCCAGUCGGUUCAGGCAAUAACAGCUCAUUGUCUGAUGGAAGCCUGAAGAAAGGGGCCUUUGAAAGGAUUUCUUGUUGUGAGGAGCCCAUAGAUGGUAUGGCAGACAUAGUCUCCAUAGGCUGUAGUGAUAAGGGCACAGAAGGCGUUCUGGACAUAAGGGUGUCUAGUACUCUUGAUGGGGGUGCGAGGCAGGAUGGGCCAGCGUUACAGGAAACCUCAAGGAGUGUGCUGUCACAGAGGGUAGAGCCUAUUGCUGCAUUUAUGGGAAGGAUCGACCAGGAUUCAGAUUCCCAAGAUGCUACUUCCUCGACAGCAGACUCUCUCGAAAUUAAAAAAUCACGUGAAGAGAAAGUAUGCAGAUUGUUAAAAGACUGUGAAAUGGAGGUGUGUCCAGACUCUUGUGCCCCUGAGACAGGGUCUGUGGCAGAUCAUAAACCAAAUUUAAGAGUAUUGGAUAGAAUAAAUGUGUCUUUAAUUUAUAUUGAUCUUGAACAGCAAGCUAAAGAAGCAUCUCUGAGAGAAACACAAGGAAUGAUUGAAGGAUCAAGACUAGAAAUAAAUUCUGAGCACGACAAGGGAAAUGCCAUUGGAAUUUCCUCAGAAGAAGAACUGACAUCUUCUGGACACCAAGAUGAGAACUCUGUUCCCCCGGGAAGCCUGAAAUCCUCUGAGAUAAUUCCUUUGCAUCCGUUGUCUCAAGAAAAAUCAGAAACAAUUAUGAAUAGUGAGGAAACUGACCCGAAAAACCUUUUUAAACCAAAAGAUGGUGAAAUGCCCUGUGAGAAUGUAAAGGACUGCAUGGUCCUGCCUGAGAUGAAAGGAAGAGCACCAAGGGAUAAGAGUAAUCCUAGCGAAGAAAGCGGUGCAGCCCUCCUUGCGGAAAGUUUGCCUUUGACGAUGGAAACAGAAACCGAAGUGAAAAGAGAAGAAACUGCAGAACACCAGAGGGGGCCACGGGGUCAGUUUCCUGCUGUGGAGGAGUCUGAAGAGAUGACUGUCAGAGAAGGUGUUCAUGGUGAUAACAUGAGCCGGGUGUCUCAGACCCAUCUUAAACCCCCGAGGAUGCUGCGUGAUGCUGAGGACCAACAGAGCCAGAAGGUUUUGGACUACAAGGAAGAGGAACAGAUGCAUCAAAAAGAAGCACAUGCAGCUUUGGAACAAUGCACAUCAUCUAAUACGUUGUCAGAUGAGGUGCAAAGUAAGAGCCAACCUAAGGAUAGCAAAGCUGAGCCCACCGUGGUGAAAGAAAUCACCCUAGCAAAGCCAGCCACAGGUGACACUGCUGCAGGGUUUCAGAAGCUGAAAGACCCAAAGGAGGAAAGCUUGUGUCGCCCAUCAGAAAAGGACAUUGAGUCGUGUGCAGGCCCUUGCCUCCAUGAUGCCCCCCGGAAAGCACAAGACCCCAACUCCGCUGGGCGUGAUGAACUACACGGUGCCUUUGGGAACACUUCACAUCAGAAAGGAGUGCUUCCCUUAAAGAAGCAGCCCCACCGAACGUGUAAGAAAGUUUCCUGCCAGGAGCUAGUCAACACGGGGAGGAAAAUAAGUAAAAUCAGAAAUUCUGCCUUUUUAAAGAGCUCCUCUGAAACCAUCCCCACAAACGCACACAGAUUUCUCAGUUCACAUGCUGUGUCUGCACCCACGCAACCGGAAUCUGAAACAGCCCCCACCAGGAGCCUUGUUAGCCACGUACCAAAGCAGAAGGCCACUCCAGGCCAGCCCUCGGGUAGCCUGAAUGUUCGGAAGCCUACCAAAGAAUCAGCUUUAUUCAGCAAGCUGUCCAUCCUUGCCUCCAGACUGGCCCCGGCCACAAAGACCCAGAAGCUGCGGUAUCAGCGGUGUUCCUCUGACCUUCUUCCAGUGGCUAAAAGCUACAAGUGGCUCAGAUACAAAAGGCUCCUGGAUGGGUUUUCCUACAGCACAACACAGCUGAAUCCAUGGUUGGCACGUAGUGAUUGGGACAGGAGGCCUAACAGUAAACCCUUGAAGCUUUAUUCGCUCGAAGCCAUCAAAAUGAGCUUCAUAGAUUUGAGCGACAAGAUGCCAUCCCUGUUGUUUGGUUCCGAAAUCUUCCCAGUAUCCUUUCACGUGAAGUCGGGCUCCGAGUGCGGGACCGAGUCCCCAAGAACUUUUCCCGAGCACUGUGCACCCGCGAGGCUCGCCUUAGGAGAGGCCCACCGGUGCCCGUCUUCACCUCCCAAGUGGACCUUCUCUUUCUUCUUGGCCCACGACUGCCCUGGGGUGGCCACGUUCAGGGAAGACCCUGGCAUCUACUGUCAAGCAGGCGCCCAGCCUCCACUGCAGCCUCCAGUUCCUCUCCAGGACCAUGGAGCCACCGCCAUAGUCCAGACCAGAGCAGGCUGCUCCGUCCUUGGCCUUCACACACUCCUAGCACUUUGUUCCCCAGGAUGUUACCGAAUCUGGACGAAGAAACGGAGCUGCUCCAGCCACAUGCCCACCAUGCAGAGGCUCUUCCUGACCCAGUUUAUCCAGGGUCUGAAAGGGUUACGGUCUCCCACCUCCAUAGCAGACAAGGUCUUCUGUUCUCUGCCCUACUCAGUGGGCCGAGUACUGUCCAUUUGGAGCCAGCACGGGCCUUCUGCCUGCCCCUUCGAAAUCUCUGCUCUUCAUUCCUCUCACAGCAAGCGGCAGCCACCUCUGGGCACCAUGAGCAGCCACACUGCGUUACCGUCCAUGCCUCUUCCGGGCCUGGAAGCUGCUUACAGCACCAGCGGCAGUCAUGUGAGGCUAGAGCCUCCAUUCCCUGCCUUGGUACCAAAGUCUCGCUUGGUAACAGACUCAGCUGUCAGCAAGCUCCUGCUUUCAGCCUCCGAGUUCCCGGUUCCUGGAUUUGAUGAGCUGGAUGGUGUGACAGCCCCAUGCCCCCGACCGCAGAGCAGCCCCCCAGAACAGAAAGAGACUGAGCCGGAGAAGAGGCCAAAGAAGGUCUCACAGAUUCGCAUCCGGAAAACCAUUCCUAAGCCAGACCCUAACCUUACCCCCAUGGGCCUUCCUCGACCCAAAAGGUUAAAGAAAAAGGAGUUUAGUUUAGAAGAAAUAUAUACCAACAAGAAUUAUAAAUCUCCUCCUGCAAACAGGUGUUUAGAGACCAUCUUUGAGGAACCUAAGGAACGGAAUGGUACACUUAUCUCCAUCAGCCAGCAGAAGAGGAAGCGAGUUCUGGAGUUUCAGGAUUUCACAGUCCCACGGAAGAGGAGGGCUCGCGAAACUGAUGGAACUGGAGACCUUCUUUGCCAAGGAAGAGGAGGAGCAGGAGCGGUCGUCUGGUUGUUGAGAAGCGAUUCAGGUGGGGGGGUCUCAACUUUAGACUUUCCCGGCCUCCUUGGAAGAGGUUGCCUAAUUUUGCCCUACUGCCCAAACCACUCAGAAUUCAGACUAUGGAUUUUUACCUGUUUCAAGGUGCAGCCUUUUUAGGAACUGGUGAAAGAGGGUCCUCUAACUUGUACUGCUGAGUAUAGAACCUCAGGAACGCUCCCUUUCUCCUGGAAAUGGUCCUGAAUGAUGUCGGCCUCCUCCCCACACACUCUGCCAUCCACGGAGGAGGACACCAUAUACCUUCAGUAACACUAGGUUUCCAAGGACUCACAGCAUUUGCACGUCCAUGUGAAAGUUCCACGUCGUUUACGGUGGUGCUAGACCAAGAUUAUUUAGACAUGUGGCCUAGGGAGGGGGACCUGGCGUCCUGUCCCGUGUGGUCUCACCGGCUCAUUUUAGUAGUUGAGGAAAGAUGAGCUACUGUGUUUUCUAAUCCUUUGAGUCCAUCUGUCCAGAACCAGGUGUGUCUCUGUGUGUGUGUGUGUGUGUGUGUGUGUGUGUGUGUGUGUAUGUGACUUUUCCCCAUCAUUUUCUCCCCUCUGUGACUGUGGGUCACUAGUGCCAGAAGAGCCCGUCCAGGCCCCAUUCGAAGUAAGUUGCACUUUUUAAUGUGGUGGUGUUGAUUAUUUUCAUUUGUUUUAUUUCCCUUUUUUUUUUUAAUUAUUGCUGCAUGUUUGGAGCCUUUAAAUGUGAUUUUAAAGCAGUUUUUUAAGACAUCAAGGAGAAAGACAGUACAUGUCUUCAGAACACACGACAGGCAUUUGACCUGGUUUGUCGGUGCGUGGUGUGGGGCGGCCGAGAGCCGUUUUCCCGUUGACGUGUUCAAGCAGCCCCUUCCCCGCCUCUAGCUCCUAGUGCAUCUCAUUUCUCCUCUGGGUUCUCAUUCUUGCUUAAGUAGGUGUAUUUAUUUUAAUGACGGAAGUAAGAGCAGGUCUCUCCCCCAGUCAUUUAAAAAGUUGGAAGCUUGCGUGUGGUCUUAGUGGGUUUCAUCUGAAGUGGUGGUACAUGACAAAGGCAUCCACUACAGCUCAGGUGGUGAUGAAGCCAACCCAGAGUGUUCGCAGCUGCCAGAGCAGCCCGCUCCAUAGUGGGGAGGAGGACAGUCUGGGGUCACGAAGUUUCAUGGCCAGCCCUCUUGGAGGGCAGCUCACUGUACUCUGGGCUCCUGCAUCAGACCUACUGGAAGUCUGGUAGAAUGCCAGACAGAGGUCUCUGGGUUUCUCCGUUUCUGUCUUCGGCAGUUUGUGGGCAAAGGACCAGAAGCGUGCUGUGUGAGGCCACAAGCCCGGAGAUUUCAUUCCUUUCCCACUUAAGGCCUGUGUGCCCUUGCCUUGCUUCCCCUCCUCCCCUUACCUUGUGUUUUAUCUUUUCUCUUUCUCUCUCUCUCUCUCUCUCUCUCUCUCUCUCUCUCUCUCUCUCUUUCUUUCUCUCUCUCUCAAAACAAGAGUGCAGAGAAUUAACAUUCCUUGGCUGGUGAGUGGGAUGCUAAGCCCAGCCUCAGGACACUGGUCACCUCUCCCAUCCUCCCAGGAGCCACUGCCGCGGAGCAGCGCCAAUGGGAACUGUCAAAGCUCCAGAGACAUUUUCAAGUCAGUCUGUGAGAGGAGUGAGUGGUGCCGUCCUGGAUCAUGUCUCCUGGGUCCCUUUGGUUUCCCCGUCUGUCAGGGGAUGGGAGGAUGGGGUGGGGGUGGGGGUUUCUAUGUGCCUUUCCUUUGCAGGUUGACAGUCUGUGCCACACUGGAGCAGAAAAACUGACAGUGCGAGAAAAACGAAGUGCCACGUCUGUCUUGUAGGCCCACUGCCUCAGACAGCAUUUAGUAAGUGAAAUACACACCUGGUGAUCCACGGAGGCUUCUAAGGCCACAGCCACGUAGCAUUAGAGGGGAGCCCGGCUUCCGCACCAACUCUGAACAAUGCAAACCAGAUGCUGCCAUUGUGCAUUCGCUUUGCCCAGACUGUAGACACGACCUGUGUUUCCCCUCAAUACCUCUUCCUUCCUGGGACGGGGUCCUUAGACACAAAUGCUUCUCUCUGUCUUUUUGCUUAAGGGAGUGGGAUGAGUUUGUGCCCUUGUACAAACGUUUUUAGGAAGCUCCUGCUGCACAGCUUGCAAACUCCCAGCAAAUCUACAGAGCCCUGUUUGUCAGCUCCAUUGCCAGUGUAGACAGGUUUGCAACGUGGCAAGCGUGGCAGACUGAAGUUGACUUGGGUGCAGCUGUGGCAUCACCAACAUUACGGAGAUACAAUUUCAAGUUUGCCCGUUGCAGGAGUGGCACUUGUCAGGGCCAGGAGCAAUGAUUUGGAACAUUGGCGUUUGGAAUGGGGGCUUGGAGGAAGUGGAGACCUGGGUUCCUUCCUUGUCCUGGGAACAUAGGAAAAAGCUCCACUGAGGCCAACCCUCUCCUUGUAAUUCUUGGCUUGCAUCUGGCCAAGGCCCUUCCUCAUUCCAAAGUUAAGAAGGGGCCCCCACUGCAAACUUGAAAUUGCUUACCUGAAGUUGCCACAUCGGGUUCUAGCCGUGCUCAGCCACACCUGUCUUAACAUCCAUUUUUACCAUUGGCCUAGCCAGCUGCAGUGCUGUCUGUGGUCCUCGGAGCCAGCCACCUGCGCAUAGCUACAGGAGGUCUGGUUCUGGGGUGGGAGUUGGUACAGUUUCUGAGUAUAUGGGGACUUAACACCCAAAGACACUUAGUGUUUUUAAUAUGGGAAAGAGGAGAAAUCUCAGGUCCAAUCAGGGUUCUGCACGUCAGCUUUUCACUGAAACUUUCAACUAUAGUGUUUUCCAUUUGUCAGUUUAUAGCUAUAUUUGCCCCCUCACCUCCCCACUCCUCUUUUCUUUUGGUUUCCUUUCCAGCUUCAUUUCUCUAUUAAUUUAAAUGUACCUCAUCACCUGUUCAAGCUGAUUAUGUCCACUUUUUUUUUACUGACCUUAUUCUAAGAGCUACAGCUGAGGGAGGUACGGUGGAGAGACAUACAGCGUUUGCCUUACUCGGAGCCUGAAGAGCUCAGAAACUCAUGCUGUGAAUCCUGAAACAGCGCUCCUCCAAGAGCUGUGAAAAUCAUGACACUUUGUCACAAUUUUGCCUGAAAGGGUCUUUUGCGCGAGUGCCAGAGCCAACCUGAGGUAGAUUCUAGAUCCCACCCUCUGGGCAUGAUCCUCCCCCUGUGGCUGGUUCCCUGUCAGCCAGGCUAAGGGCUGCACAGAGUGCAGGACUGGGGCUGCCGGUCCAAGGCUUGGUGCGGCCUGAUGGAACGCAGAGCCAGUGCUCCGUCUCCAGGCUGGGAUUUCAUAUCAUAAUUAAUGUACAUCAAGAUCCGCGAAAGACCAACUUUUAGACGGUGGAACUUUUCUCCCAUUCCCUGGGGGCAGAGUAUGCAGUUGGUGCUUUCUUUAAUUCCCUUGUGUUUUGUUUUUGUAAGCUUCCCCGACCCAGGUAUCACGGAAAGGACCUCUGAAACACCACAUCGUGGGUGGCUGUAUCCAGAGUCUUUAAGUAGUUGGCCAGAGGUGCGGAGUAUCCUUUCCUGGAUUCAUGCGAGGGAAGGGCUCCUUGCCAUGACUGAACUUCCUGUAUAAAAAGCUGGCUGGGAAGAAGGCUUAAUUUACUGAAAUCAAAGUUUAGUACUAUCAUCUAGCCACAAAUUGAGCAGCAAAGGCUAUUUUUAUUGUGAAGUGAGGGUCCCCGCAUAGCCUGCCAUCUAGCACAGCACUCUCUCAGAUUGGAUGCUUGUUCAUUGUGUGUUUCCACGAGCCCCUCUCUGGUGCUGAAUCGGAUUUUAAUUCUUGGCAAGAGGCCUCAGCAUCUCCUUGGGCUGGUCUAGGCCAGUAAAUAGCUGCCUGAAGUGUGUAUAUUAUCAUGGUCAAUAGUUCAGUGAAAUUUGUACAUUUUUGGUAACAUUGGCAUACAUGAUGCCCCUGCAGUUCCUUUUCUGUUUGGUAGUUUGUGACUCGAAAAUUCCCACUGUUAUGUGUGUUAAUUUAUGAAAAUAAAAAGGAAUUUUUUUUUGGA